AUUUCACCAACCACAGUUAGCUUAACCGUCGGUUAAAGUUAACAGGGCGGCCAACUUAUCAUACUACCUCAUGAUACCUUAACCUCAUAUUUCAGUUCAGUGGAUUAUCAUCUCACCCGAGGACGCUUGAAAGAUCCCCCCUUCAGUGGGUUAUCAGCUAAAUACACACCGGAAAAAGUUAAAGAAUAAAAAAGAUGCAACGUCAAAAAAAUUUUAGUGACGCAGAAAAGAAAAGUUUAAUAAAUUUCAUAUUUUUACAACGCGAUGUAAUAGAGAAUAAAGAAAGUGACCGUUUAAUAAUGGUACAAAAAGAUAAAGCAUGGGCUGAUAUUACUGCACAGUAUAAUGUAAAUGCAACAAUUCCUCGAUCAGAAAAAUCUUUACGUAACUGUUGGGAUAAUAUGAAGAAAGCAGCAAGGAAGUAUUGUGCAGCUAUAAAACGUGAAAGUUAUAAGACAGGUGGAGGAGUAGCAAAUGUUACACAAAAUAUUUUAUUAGAGCGUGUAACUGAAGUGAUGGGUGAGACAUCAACAUAUGGAUUGAUGAAUCCUUUUGAUUCUGAUGCGAUAGACAAAGAAAAUACAAAUAUUGAAAUUCUGGACGACGAUGAUGAUUCAAAUGAAAAUGAUCCAAAUGAAGUAUUUUCAUAUCUAAUGGAAAACGAAAACAUUACAGACUGGAAGUCUUGGGAUCCAAAUAAAUUAAAAUCAGAAAUAAGUCCUCCGUUGAAAGAUAAAAAUAAUACACAGGCAUCAUCGUCAAAUACACAGGCGUCAUCGUCAGAUAGUACAUAUAAGAAAAGAAAAACCACUCAAUAUUCAAAGAAAACAUUAGAUGAGGUAAAGACUGAUUUAGCAGAUACUCUGAAAGUAAAUGUGGAAGAGAAGAAGGAGUAUGAGAUAGAAUUGUUGAAAGCUCAAUUAGACAAAGAAAAGCUUAAAAUCGAAUUAUUAAAAGUAUUAAUCGAAAAAGAAAAAGAGGGAAAUACAAAUAAAAUUUUUAAAAUCUAAGUCAAACAUUACAAAUAUAAUUUUGCAAUAUUAAUAUGUUUUGUUAGGUUAGAUUGUUAACAUUAAAUCAAUGUUCUUUUUAUUUUUAUUUACAUUCAAAGACUUAAAAUAC